AUGUCUCUACAUCAAGUGGGAGGGAAAGUGCACAACAAUAAAUACCGCUACAUGAUAACCACAUGUCUUCUGGUAUUAUUCUUUUUUGCCCAAAUAUCUAAGGGCGCUGCUGUUUGGAAUCAGGCCACGCUUGUCCUGCACCAGACUUCAUGGGGCGGGCCCUGGCAAGGCAAGGCAAGGCAAGCAAUGGUGCAUUUCAGGUCCCGCCACACUGCCUCACCCAAUGUUUCACCACGGUCAAAACAAAACACCCCGUACCUGUAA